CGGGACCACAAGACACUCUCUUCUCAUGGCUCUGUGAAUGUUAUUUUUAAUGCAUCUCUUUACAGAUAUACUAAAAUUUACAUUCAGAAAUUCAGAAAUCGUUUGGCAGAUGUUAACACAGAUAAAGAUUCGCCAGUUUUUUUAACUUCUAACCAAAAGAAAAUGAAGUCAUCGCAAGUUGAAACAUCUAUGGGAGGAGCAACUGCCUUCAGAAAAGCUGCUGUAUCCGCAGUUCAUGAGCAGAAUGAGGAUUUACGUGGGGACUUAGCGGACCUUAUGGUUCAUAAGCAAUCAACAGCUGAUCAUUACUAUCUGUUAAAAAAUAAAGGGAAAUCUGCUGUAAGAACUUCAAAUGAACUGGCAAAGAUAAUGAGGUCAUCUGGUCAAGCUAAUAUGGAAGAAAACACAGACACUCUUCAGGUGGAAAAUCCAGAACAAAGGCACAAAUGGACACCAAAUGAAAUUUUGGAAUUAGGAUCUGCGUUUUCUGAACAUAUAAAGCGGAAGUCAAUAACAUUAAGGCAGGUUAAAGAAAUCACUAAAGGAAUACCUAUUCUACGAUGUAUAUCCCUCAAAAAAAUUUGUGACAAAAUUCGUUCAUACUUUGGGACAGAUGAAUCGAGAAGUGAGAAGUCACCAUCCUUGCCAGGUGAAAUGGAAUCUUGUCAAGAGCAUAUGGAACGUGCUGGUCUAACCAAAUGUAUGGAACGUGCUGGUAUAACCAAAUGUUAA